UGGCACAAGCCCUUUCAUGUACCUGGGUUUGUGGGCCGUGGAGAUCCUUCAUAGCACGGCGACCUUGUCCCCAGAGGGUGUCUGCGGCUUGUAUAGGCUCAGGCUUAUGCACCGUCUAAAUAUUUUCCUGUCCCACUUUGGCCACUCUGGCUGGGUGGGCCUCCUUUUUCUUUGCUGUGAAUGAACAAGGACUUUCAUUUGGUGGUCUUUGUGUUGCAGCAAACUAAGUGGAUGGUAAUAUUCUGUAGUUUAAAGUGAUUAUAU